AAUGCCUCUGAAGUGACACGGGACCCAAAGAGAAAGAGAACGGGACAAAGAUGAAGAAAGAAGACGGAGGCCAGCAGAGUAUGCAAGAGGUGCCGAAGACACGGCCGAUAAUCUCUGCAAGAGAAAGAGGCCCGGGCCCCGGACGCUACGCUCUGCCACCUACAGUUGGAUACAUUAACCAUGACUUCACUAAGCCCAGCAGCCCUGCAUACUCCUUCCACAGCCGCAUGAGCAGUGCCAUGGUCUCUGUUGACUCCAGCCCAGGACCAAAGUACCACGUUGACGCCAAGGUCACCCGGUUUGGCCGGAUGGAAACCCCCUCUUACUCCAUUUUGGGUAGAGGAACGCGCACAGGGAAUAAUAGAGGCCUGGUGUUCCAGACUCCAGGGCCGGGGGCCUACAGCCCAGAGAAGGCUCCACCUGUCAACGCUCAACUCAGAACCCCAUCUUACACCAUCAGCUCUCGCACCAGAUACCGCUCAGUGGAUCCUGUGCCUGCACCCAACACCUACAGUCUACCUGACCUUCUGGGCCGCCAGGCUCCCAAUAAACCCUCCAGUGCAAGCUACAGCUUCUCAGGCCCGAGGAAGGUCGGAGGUCCCUCUGAAGACCUCUCUAAGAGUCCUGGACCGGCGAGAUACGGACGCACAAACCCAGACGUUUACCACCAGCGCCAGCCUUCCUUCUCCAUUCAGAAACGGACUAAAAGGCCCAAUUAUUCCUCUGCCACCCCCGGGCCCGGCUCUUACAGCCCGGAGAAGUUUCAUUCGCAUCUCCCCAAACCACCGUCCUUCAGUCUGGGUGUCAGACACUCAGAGUUUGUCAUGCCACUGGUGGUGGAUGUUGUUGACUGA